AUGAAGUUCUCACACACAUUAAUCGCGGCGGCGGCUGCUCCACUGGUUACAGCUCAGCGACCGUCCAAUGAAUCCAUCUGCGACUACUACAGUAACCUCCUGCUCGGCGGCAGCAACGCGACGACGCAGCUCAAGCUCCUGACGCUGCUCGUCAACACCGCAGUCAUCGGCAACUACAGUGAGGGCAAAGUCAUGGUGCCCGGCAUCCUGGCCAAGGAUGCGAUGUACAAUGGCACCAAAGUCAACCUGGUGCCAUACUUCAGCGGCGCUCUCAAGUCGACGAACGUGGGAGAGAAGCACGGCGUCUCCUACAACUUCUUAGAUGGCGGCGGUGCGGCGCCGUUGGCGAAGAGCAAGCCGGCGGAUGAUGACACUUCUCACCAAGCCAUCCUCCUCAACAAGCUGUACUCCUACUUCGGUGUCCUACUCGCCUGCUCAGCCAUCGGCAAGGACGGUUUUCCGGCCUACAACGGCAAGACCUCCAUGUACAACGUCCAUAAGUACAUGGCGCUCGACUCGUACGAAGUCGGGUACUUCAUCGAGCAGGUCGGCCUCGCUGCUACGAGCUUUGGGGUCUCGACGGGUGAUGUCGAGUUGGUGGGGUAUACGUUGCAGGGUUACUUUGGGAAUAAGUGUGCGCCGAAGACGAGUGUGAUGUCGAAGUGGAAGAAGGAGUUGCAGAGUAUCUGCAUUGCGGAUGAUUGCCCGGACUCACCGAAUGCGACUUGCAAGGUGUACGGCAAGGUGGUGGAGCCGGCGGCAGUGGUUACCAGCCAUUCGAACAUGGCGUCUCCAACAUCGAAUGGAGGAGAUGGAGACGGUGGAAAGGAAACGGCAGCGCCGAGUGCGACCGGGAAUAAUGGCGCUGCCACCCUUCAGCUCUCCGCGGUGGUUGCACUGCUGUCGGUUGGCAUGCUUGCUUUCCAUCUUGCUUAA